AUGGCGGACAUGGGUGAAGCUGUUUACUGCACCAUGCUGCUCAGCGAUAAUUACCUCCCAGGUGCAAUGGUGCUCGCCCAUUCGCUGCGAGACUCGGGCUCCAAAGCCAAGCUCGUUGUGCUGGUUUCGCUGGACUCCCUCAAGCCUUCGACGCUCGGUGAGCUGAAGGCCAUCUACGACGAUAUAAUCCCCAUCAACCGAUUCGUCAAUCGAAACCCCGCGAACCUAUACCUAAUGAACAGGCCAGAUCUAAUAUCAACCUUCUCCAAAAUUGAGCUCUGGAGACAAACUCAAUACAGCAAGAUCGUGUACAUUGAUGCCGAUGUGGUAUCUCUGAGGGCCCCUAACGAGCUUCUCAAGCUCGAGACCCACUUUGCUGCCGUGCCUGAUAUCGGCUGGCCAGACUGCUUUAACACUGGGCUCAUGGUGCUCACUCCCAACAUGCAGGAUUAUCACUCUCUCCUUGCUCUUGCUCAGAGAGGGAUUAGCUUUGAUGGGGCGGACCAGGGCCUGCUGAAUAUACAUUUUAAGAAAUGGGACAGAUUGAGCUUCAUUUACAACUGUACUCCGAGUGGACAUUAUCAGUAUGUUCCAGCAUUCCGCCAUUUUGGCAGCAAUAUUAGUCUAGUACAUUAUAUUGGCAUGCAGAAGCCGUGGAAUUUACCGCGACAAGCCUUCCCACUUGAGAGUCCGUAUAAUCAACUGCUGGGGAGGUGGUGGGCCACUUACGAUAGACAUUAUAAACCAGUGAAGCCUACUGGUCGAAUACCUGAAGCUCAUGCAGAACAGAUUCCCGGAGCCCCAGGUGGGCGUGAUUGGGAUCAGUCGGCUGAAUCGUUGGAAAGCAUACAUCCCCCCGAGACGUCCUAUGCACAAGUUCGACCACAGACUCAUGUCCACCCACUUGGUUCUUCGGCUUCUACUCCUGCUGAAGUUGGAGUUGAAGUUGGAGUUCAUCAUGCUAAAGCUGAUGAAGCCAUCCAGCAAGGCGACGAACUGCAUGACGUUGGGCGCGCGCUCUCGCCCAAAAUUCCACAUGUACUAGAAAUUGACAGUUCUGCAGUUUCUGAUGAAAAUAGUGCGAUUAUAGCCAGACCAACGAGCUUUAUCCCCCAACCUAAAGCCCCUGAAAAGAGCCAUGAUUUUGUUAUCAGCGCUGUCCCACAAUACGUCCAUGGCGAAGAGCAUGUGUCGGUCUACCGACAUACUGCUCCUCUCCUUGAUAUCGUUUCCGAUUCGAAGGAAAUAUCAAUUCCUAAAAGCCUUCCUAUUACCGGCAUGACAGACGUACCUGCACUUCAACAGUUGCCACAGGGGCCCACUGAAUCGACUAAACAACGAGAACUUGGACACAUCACUGCUUCUUCCGAGGAGCCUGAGUCACCUAAGGCGGCACCAGAGACAUCAUUCUCACCGCCAAAGGCUGAAUGGGACCCUUCCCGGGCACCUCCCCCCACAGAUUCUAAACCCGAGGCAUUCAGUUUACCUUCACAUACAUACGCUAUGUCACAGGAUAUUCAACUUUUCCAACCACCAAAGUCAUACCCGGAGGUUCCUAAAAAUAUGUACUACCAAGUACCCCCUAGGCAGCAAAAGACAAAAACAUUAGCCCCCAUAUUCCCAUGGGAAACUUACGCCCCAAAACCUACCCGCGUUUUCUUGGACGAAUCUAUAGAACCCGGCAUAGCAUCAGAUUCACAUUCAAAAUUAUUAGCCAAAGGGAAAGAUGGAAUAGAGGUUUUACCUGACUCUGCACCAUCACCGUCAACUGGCCCACCGCCUUCUAUGGAUCCGUGGCUGAACUACGUUCACUCAAACGCAUGGGACGAAAUUCCCGAAAUUGUGGGAUACAUGCGUUCCAUUCAAAGGCCGCGGAGGGGGCAAGUCCAGGUCUUACAAGGUGGGGUAACCAGCACCACCGGAGACGGUUUCGGAACAGAACAUGAAGGCCGAAGGCCCAGCCUAAGGCUCACAGAUUUCCCCACGGAAAUAGAGCGACCCAGUCUUCCUGUUACACCUGCACCUAUCCAGCGAUCGAAAUACAUGGGCAAGUCGUAUUCCAAGAUCGAAGGAGGAAAAGGAGAAGAGGAUGAUGACAGCUUGUCCCCUGCCGCUGGUGUCCCAUCGCAGGAGAACUGGAACCCCGUGGAGCGCCUCGAGGAGCUUCACCGGCGCCAGUCUGCGUUACUUGAUGAAACGCGUGGUGGGCCUCCCGAGCUUGAGGCGCGAGCUAUUCCUAGUCGUAGAAUGCCAGGAGAAGGAGAUACUGUGGAAAUGAGGGGAUGA